GAGGAAGACGUUAGUGAAAGUAAAGUACAGAACACCUACACGCUUCCGUUGACGGGUUUCUUUGGGACGUAAUUUAUCGCGGCAAUUAAAGGCAAGCCGAUACGCUCAAAUAGUGAAGACGAAGCCAAACCCCUCGUUGUUUACUUCAUGAAAGCAAGAAUCGGUCAUCCAUUUCUUCGUUACAUCCGACUUCGACGUAGGUUAACUUAUUCCCCUCGCAGCAGUAUCCAUCUUCUCCCUCUUUUCCCUCUUUCGUUCGACUCCCAUGACGAGAUGACGAUUCCACCGGCCGCUGCCGCGGCGGUUUUUCUAGCUUUGAUCGUCGUUGCCGCGGAAGGGCUCGGUUCUGCGGCCACCAUCGCCGUGAUCCGGUCCUCGGGAACAGUCUGCGGCGUGCUUGCAGGAGAUGGCAGAGAGAAAAUCCUUUGCGCGCGUGUUGGGCAGCCGGUGCUCGCGAUCGCUCCAAAAUUGUCAUUUGAAGAGAUUUCUGGCGGACGAGACUUCUUUUGCGGGCUGAGUUCGGGAGGUCUCAGAAUCUUUUGCUGGGCAAUAAAAAACUUCUCCGCCGGAUUGGUAUCCACAAAGCGGAUUUAUAACGGUCCUUUCCCACUCGCCGAUCUCAGCGUAGGCGUGAAUCAAGUGUGCGCCUUGGAUAAGAAUCGCACCAGAGUUCUAUGCUGGCGGGGUGAUGGUAGCUUUCCGGCGAGCAUUGAAGGAGAAUACCGAUCGCUGACAUCGGGGAGAGGGUUUUCUUGCGGAAUUGGGAUUGACAACCGCGUGAAGUGCUGGGGAGGGCGUGGUACAGAGUUCCAAAAUUCUUUUGGUAACAUCACGAUGCAGAGCAUUGUUGCAGGGGACUCGCAUGUCUGCGGAAUUGGUCUUUCUGGAUUCUUAAUCUGUAAGGGGAGCAAUAGUUCCGGUCAAUUAAAUGUUCCCUCAGGUGGUGCUUUCGUGUUCACCGGCUUGGCUCUCGGUUUGAAUCACUCUUGUGUGAUCAAGCAGCCAAAUGGUACCGUGCUCUGCUGGGGCGCUGAUGCCGGUGGAGUUUCGAGUUACAGUCCAGAAAAUAGCAUGAGUUUCGAGUUCAUCGUCGCCAGCGAUGACCUUACUUGCGGGGUGAUAACCGAUAAUUUCACGGUGAUGUGCUGGAAUGUGGGUGGGAUUAAUCAUUCCUACUUAGCUCUCCCUCUACCCCAAAUUCUUCCCGGUAGAUGUGUUGUCGAGAGUUCCUGCAAAUGCGGCGUUUUUCCCGAUUCAGAAUAUCUCUGUUCAGAUUCUGGUGUCAUUUGCAAGUCCUGCGGGGCACCUUUUAUCUCUCAACCGCCGCCCGCGCCGCCCUCUCAGCCGGCAUCACCUCCCCCUGUACCGGAAUCCGCGCCAAUUUUCUCAAAGUCGACCAAAGGAUGGCUGGCCUUGUGUAUCACUGGUUCCAUCGGAGGCUUGGUCGCCAUAUUCAGCAUUCUAUGCUGCAUAUGGAGCGCCGUUUGCCGGAAUAAAAAAGUUCACAAUUCCAGCAAGGCCUCACAGCCGGCCAUUUUGACCGCAGGAAACAUCGCUACCAACUCCGCGCAGUCUUCCAUCAUCAUUCCCACUCCCUUAAUCUCCCCCUCUGGUUCAAGAUCCAGAGUCCUCCGCCGCUAUAUCUCCCGCGCCACGGGCAGCCAUCGCAGGGGACCAUCAUCCUUCAAAGAACGCGCGGAAGAGUUCACCUUCGACGACCUCGCCACCGCCACCAACAACUUCUCCCUCGAAUGCCGCAUAGGCGCCGGAAGCUUCGGCACGGUCUACAAAGGCAUGCUCAAAAACAACCGGGAAGUAGCGAUCAAACGCGGCGAGCUCAGAUCAAGCCUACGAAACAAAAAAUUUCUUGAAAAGGAGAGAGCUUUUCAAUCCGAACUCGUGUUCCUUUCUCGCCUUCAUCACAAACAUUUGGUAGACUUGGUUGGGUACUGUGAGGAAAGAGACGAAAGACUUCUCGUUUACGAGUACAUGAAAAACGGCGCCUUGUUCGACCACCUCCACUCCAGAACCGGCACUGAAACAGGACCAAUGGACUCUUGGAGAAUGAGAAUAAAGGUCCUCCUCGACGCAGCUCGAGGAAUCGAAUAUCUACACAACUAUGCCGUCCCCCCAAUCAUACACCGAGACAUUAAAUCUUCAAACAUCUUGCUUGACGGGGACUGGGUGGCGAGGGUUUCGGACUUCGGUCUAUCACUGAUGGGCCCGGAAGCCGAAGAGGCUCAUCCUUCAAUGAUGGCAGCUGGGACGAUGGGUUACAUAGACCCGGAGUACUACGGUGGGAUUCAGCAACUGACGACAAAGAGCGACGUUUACGGCUUCGGGGUAGUGAUGCUUGAAAUUUUAACGGGAAGGAGGGCGAUAUUUCGGGAGGAAGGGGAAGAGAGCGGGGAGCCGGUGAGCGUGGUGGAGUACGCGGCGCCGAUAAUUGAUGACGGGGAGACGUGGAGAGUGCUAGACCGGCGAAUGCCGCGGCCGGAGCUGCGGGAGGCGGAGGCGGUGGAGCUGGUGGCUUACACUGCCGUGCAUUGCGUAAGCAUGAAAGGAAAGGAUCGACCGACCAUUACGGACGUUGUGAUGAACCUCGAAAGCGCGCUUGCGCUCUGCGAUACGAGGAAGGAGGACAGCUGGUCAAGCUCAAAUAUGUCAUUCUCUUCUAGGGAUUGAUUAGUUUCCAUUUUUUAGAGGAUUGAAUUCAAGACUGCCGACAUAUUUGUUUAUAAAAUUGAAACGAGUUUUGUUGUUGAUAUAAAUUUUCUGAUUUUUUUUAAAUUUUUUUGAUAUACGAUUGACUCUGAUUUAAACUUUUGAGCCGUGCUGUACAGUUCAGGCAGACAUAUAUAGAAGGAAUAAAUAGAAAUAUAAGA